CGGUAACAUGGAUGCCUUCCAAGCAUUCGCUCCGGGUUCGACUCCCGGCUGAUGCAAGUUUUGGUUUUUAUUUGUUAAAGAACAAGAAAACUACAACAGAAAUCAAGCGCCGUAUAAUAUUGGUUUCUAAUGUAAUAAACAACCUCAAUUGGAUUACCUGGAGCUACGUAAAUGAAUAGUAAUAACGGUCUGACCCGUCGAUUCUUCCAAUCUGUAGAUUUCGAUUGUAAGUAUGUGGUUUACACAACUUUUUCUAUGGCAGUCAACGUAAUCAUUUUCUUUGUUCUAUCAUUUUGGUCUCCAUUUCAUUCUGCAUCAUGUUUUCAUCCUUUGUUUACUUGUUAACAUGAUAAAUUAUCUCCACCAGCUAACAUAAUAAAGAUGAACACGUGGCCGACAGCGACAUGACAUACGUGACAACAUGAAUUAUCAAUCGCAUGUAUUUAGCAUCGUGCCACACGCUCGUUGGCUCGUUUUGUAAAAGGCUGCGGGUAUAGCAACCGAAAAACUUUUGACUCAGCACAUGAUAAAGUUGUUACUACCAUCGUCGCUUGUUUCUCCUAGCUCCGACUUUAAUGUCGGACUUUAAGACUCGGGUUAAUUCAAUGUAAGUUGGCAAGUCAGUUCUGGUUCGUUGUUUACGUCCGUUAAGUUGUUCGUAGUUCUGUGGUGGUAUGAUUUGUACAAUUUCCUCUUAUCUUUUAUGACGAACUGUUUCUUGUUACAAUUGAUAUAUAAAGCUCGAGAUUUCCUUCCAACUUGUCAGAUAUCAUCGAAAAAGAAUCCAUCUUUUUGUAUCAUAUUUAAUUCAGUUUUGAACAACAUAUCUUUUUUUUUUCAUUUCAAACUACUAUUAAAAUGAAGUUUUCCUUGUCUGCUGUCUUCCUUACUCUUCUUGGAGCCACCUCUACGUUGGCUGCUCCAGCUUCAACAUCGUCUCUUGACAAACAAUUUGGUAUCGUGAGUAGUCACUCUGGUAACAUUCAUGUUCACCUACGCACAUUCGAAGUUGGUCAAUCUGGUCAUGUCUACUUGAGUACAUAUGACAAUUCUGACGGUAAUCCCUAUUUUAAUCUCAAAAAUGGAGAGCUGUUCCAUGAAAACAAGGCUGCUUCUAUUGACAAGGAUGGCGCCCUUGUUUUCGAAUCCUCUGGAUCUCCUGUGUCAGGUUUCGAAGCUAAGAAGGAAAAUUCCCAAUUUUAUGAACUCAGCUUGAACAAUGAUUACCCUGUCGCAUGCCCUGUUCCCAAUACCAACGAUGUUUAUCAAAUCUACUACGGAAAGGGUAAUGGCAAUGCUGACUGCGUUGGUAUUUAUCCUUUGGCUGCCUUUCCUUAAAUGCCGUUCUUUUUGAACUUUUCGAAUUUCG